AUGGAAGUCCUCAUCGGCGUACAAGGUCCCGGCUAUGUCCUCCUCGCCUCAAACCUCAAUCAAGUCCGUGGCAUCACCAUCAUGAAACCCGACGAUGACAAGUCGCGUACCCUCAACGAUCACAACCUCCUCCUCUAUUCCGGCGAAGCAGGCGAUACCGUUCAUUUCGCAGAAUACAUCACCGCCAAUAUCGCCUUGUACUCUCGUCGCAAUGAAGAAUUAGAACUGCAUACGGAAGCGGUGGCUAAUUACAUACGCAAGGAAUUGGCAGAAUCAUUGCGUAGCAAACACCCAUAUCAGGUGAAUCUUCUUGUGGGUGGGUAUGAUCUUGUUGAUAAACAAGCGAAGCUAUACUGGAUCGACUACCUGGGUUCAAAGGCACAGGUGCCGUAUGCGGCGCAUGGGUAUGCGAGCUACUACUUGCUGUCAAUGUUUGAUCGACACAUGACACCGACUACGCCAGUGGAGGAAGCUCUUGCAUUGCUGAAAAAGGGAUUCGAGGAACUGGAACGACGCAUGCCCAUGUCACUCGGUGGAUUCUUGACAAAAGUCGUUGAUAAGGAUGGCGUGCGCAUUAUUGACCUACAUGGCAAGCUGACGCCUGAAUUGAUGGUUCAAUUUGAGCAGGAGAAAGUACAUGCACCCGUUCAACAGGAAUUGCAACCUCAGCAGCCAGAAGUAUCAGCGUAG